AUGCAAAGCGCUAGAAGGUCACUUUCUUCUGCAACGACAGAGCAUAGUCCCGAUAGGAAUGACAGAGAGUCACGGAGUCAGGUCCAUUGCACAGCCCACAGUGACGUGGCAGAACGAGCGGCUUCUUCUCUCGAGAGUGGCUUUGAUUCAGUACCCACCGGUUCUUCAAGAUCGGAUAGAGAGAGGGAAUCUGGUCCCUACAAGAUAUUGCAGUAUUUUUGCGUGGAGCUAGAUGCCAGACGUGCAUAUGUCGCUCUUGUUAUUUGUGGGUUUGUUAGCGGCCUAGUAGAUGGUCUGUCUUUCAAUGCAUGGGGCAGCUUCUCAAGUAUGCAGACAGGAAACACCGUUUUCAUCGCACUCGGUGUGUCUGGUCAACCAGAGUACCCCGCGUACCUAUGGGCAAAGUCACUUAUAUCCCUGGCUGUCUUCCUCCUCAGCAACGUCUUCUUCAUCCACCUCUGCCGGACUCUCAAUCCACUCCGUCGAUCGACCCUCAUUCUAUCGUUCGGGCUUCAGACUGCCGCCUUGAUCGUCGCCGCUUCCUUGGUCCAAGUAGGAAUCGUCAGUCCUAGACCAGAAGAUCCAAGGGCGCCGAUCCAGUGGAUGCAAAUCAUCCCAAUCACACUGCUCGCAUUCCAAGCCGCAGGUCAGAUCUGUGCCUCCCGCCUCCUCGCCUUCGAUGAAAUCCCGACUCUUGUAGUAACAACGCUCCUGUGUGAUUUGCUUGUUGAUGCAAAUUUAUACACUAGACCGUGGUCUGCCAAUCCCAAGAGGAACAGGAGGAUCGCCUCAUUUCUUGCUUUAUUCUUGGGUGCUAUGACUGCCGGAGGUCUCUCGCGGACCACAGGCAUGGCAAGUAGCUUAUGGCUUGCAGUCGCUUUGAAAAGUAUCAUCACGCUAUCGUGGUUUUUCUGGAAAGGCAGCUCUGGUGGAGUGCGGCAAAAACAGGAUCAAAGCCCAGUUUAG